AUGUACAAAAACAGAAAUGCACAGAAACGCGACACUCGUGUAAAUGUCCGAGUGUCCAGUCUGUACGGCCGCAAUGGAGUGCUGGGAGACUCUGUAUUCUUCACGCUGGACUCUCUUCGUGUCCCGGGGGGAUACUGCCCCUCCCCUGGGGAUCUGGUCAAUGUGGUGGUGGUGGAGAGCUCUCAGUCCUGCUACUGCUGGAGAGCUCUGUGCAUGGCACCCGUCCACCGGAGCAGCGUGUGCACUCCAGAGGAGGAACCCCCCCUGGAGUCGGAGCACCAGGUCCUGCUGAGGAACAAGGGCGGCCUGGAGGUGAGCAGGAUGACCAGCUUCGGGAGCCUCCUCCUGGGCCAGGACAAGGACCUUCUGGUGUGGAUCGAGAACAAAGGGGCGAAGGCGCAGACACUGCUGAGCUGUGGGUUCGCAGGCUGGGACCGAGACAGACAGUUCAAACUGCACUUCCCUGAGGAAGAGGAAGAGCCAGAGCUGUGGCCCUCCCCUCCCCUGGAUCCAGCACUCCCAGUACAGGGGCUCUGCUCCCCAGUCUGUCCCAGCUUGAUAGCCCCAUCCCAGUCUGUACUCGGGGUCUACCAGGCCUUCCCUAUGACCUUCAUGGCCUGUGUGCAGAGCCCCUACAGGGGGCAGGGCAUGCUGUCCUUCUACCCGCUGGGAGGGUACUGCCUGUACCCAGCUGCCCUGCUGCUGAGGCCCAGCCUGGGCUUUGCAGGGAGGGGGGAGAAGUGGGGAGCAGCCUACACCGUAGCAGAGGGGUCCGAGAGCAGUGGGGUGCAGAGAGGGGAGAGGGAGUGUGGUACAGCUCCUCCGGUGGCAGUGCGGUUCGACAGUGCUGGGGUUCAGGGAGGAGGAGCCUGGGCGGGAGAUGGGGAGUGGGGUACAGUGUCAGGAGGAACAGCAGCUCCUGAAGCACAGGAGAGCAGAGGAGUGGAGGAGCCAGUGAGCUCGGGUUCAAGGGAGAUCAAGACUGACAUCAUGCCAGGAGAGAAGAUGGCCAUUACCAUCCGCUGUGAAGCAAAGAACCUGGGCUGCUGUCAGGAGCUCCUGCUGCUGCACUUCACAAGCUUCUCUAUCGGGCGGCUUCUGGUUGUGAGAGUGCAGAGCGAGGAGGAGAGCCUCAUUCUGGCUAGCUCUCCGUACGUACCAGCCAAUCAGCUCCCAGCACAGCCGACGAGGCCACAAGCCAAGAAAGGCAUCACUGUGCUCCCCGCCUGCCUGCCUCCCAGGUUUUCGAAGAGGCACCUUCCUAAUUUCCUGGGCCAGUACCCGAUCCCGCAGAAGCUGAGGGAGUGCUUUGAGCUGAAGAAUGACGUGCUGGUUGCUGAACCAGAGCUUGCAGAGCCCCUCGGCAGGUCAGUCUUCAGGUCUCGCUUCUCAGCCCUGCUGUGGCUGGAGGAGCUGCAUGCGGAGAGCGAGAUGAAGGAGUUCAGCCUCAGCGGAGCCUUCCUGAGGAGGAGUGCCAGCUACCUGCAGCUGGAGGUGCCCGGUGUGUCCGAGGGCAGACCCAGCGCCAGCGUCGGAGAUAAAGUGAUCCUGAGGAAGCCAAUAGAAAACUGUGCUGAGGUGGAGUAUAUAGCCUACAUCACUGAGAUUAACGAUGAGGAACUGAGUCUGAGAGUCAACUGUGAGUUUCACCACAACUACCUGGGAGAGCCCCUCGAUGUGGAGUUCACCUUCAACAGACUGACCAUGCGGAGAUGCCACGCUGCCCUGGAUCAGGCAGAGCACCUAAGGGACACAGUCCUGUUUCCCGAGUGCGUCGUGGUUCAGACACCCCAGCUGAGCCUAGCCUGGGAAGAGGAGAGAGAAGGAGACUCUCAGGAGUCUUUCCAGGAAAAGGGAAUGUUACAGAAUGAUGGCCAGAACACAGAGACACUGUGUGCGGACAUGGUGUCUGUGGCAACGCAGACUCGACUAGGUGGAUCCCCUCAUGAGUCGGGCCCUAGGAAGAGGGGGGACCAGUUCUUUAACCCCUCUCUGAACCCCCACCAGAGAGCCGCAGUGAAGCGCAUUCUGGCUGGAGAGUGCCGGCCCACCCCCUACAUCCUCUUUGGACCCCCAGGGACCGGCAAGACCAUCACCCUCAUCGAGGCAAUACUGCAGAUCCAUCACAAGCUGUGUGACAGUCGUGUGUUGGUGUGCACUCCCUCAAACAGCGCUGCAGACCUGCUCUGCACCCGUCUGCACCAGAGCGGACACCUGCACUCCGGAAACCUGGUCCGUGUCAACGCCAUGUGCAGGUCGGAGGAGAGCAUCCCUGAGAUGUUGAAGCCAUACAGCCGCGCCGGGGAGGAUGUUCGCCAGGCCGCCUAUCACCGCGUGGUCAUCAGCACCUGCAGCAGCGCCGGCAUGUUCUACCAGCUCAGGAUCAGGGUCGGGCACUUCACCCACGUGUUCAUCGACGAGGCCGGCCAGGCCAGCGAGCCAGAGAGCCUCAUUCCACUAGCACUCGUCUCUGAGGACGACGGACAGAUAGUCCUGGCCGGAGACCCGAUGCAGCUCGGUCCGGUGGUGAAGUCGAAGCUGGCUUCAGCGUUUGGAUUGGGCCGCUCCCUCCUGGAAAGGCUGAUGAGCCUCCCCCUGUACUCCCGGGAUGAAAAGAGCUACGGCCCCCAUGGCGCCUACAACCCCCUGCUGGUGACGAAGCUGGUGAGGAAUUACCGCUCCCACGAAUCCCUGCUGGAGCUGCCAUCGAGACUCUUCUACCAGCGCGAGCUGGAGGUGGGGGCGACCCGGGAGGUGGUGUGUGCGCUGCAGGACUGGAACCGCCUGCCCAGGAAGGGCUUCCCCCUGCUCUUCCACGGAGUGCGGGGCUCGGAGAUGCGGGAGGGCCGUAACCCGUCCUGGUUUAACCCAGUUGAGGCCGUGCAGGUGAUGAUGUACUGCUGUCAGCUGGCGAAGCGUCUCUACAAACCCAUCUCUCCGUCUGACAUUGGAAUUAUCACCCCCUACAGGAAACAGGUAGAGAAGAUCAGAGUCCUUCUGCAGAGGGUGGGUCUGAUGGACAUCAAGGUUGGCUCUGUGGAGGAGUUUCAGGGCCAGGAGUUCCUGGUCAUCCUCAUCUCCACGGUGCGUUCCAAUGAGGACCGGCUGGAUGAAGACGUGCAGCAUGUUCUGGGUUUCCUCUCAAACCCCAAGCGCUUCAAUGUGGCCGUCACACGUCCCAAAGCCCUGCUGAUCGUGGUGGGAAACCCCCAUGUGCUCAUCAAGGACCCGUGUUUCGGGGCGCUGCUGGAGUACUCCACUCUCAACGGGGCCUUUCUGGGCUGCGACAUCCCCCCUGAGCUGGCAGCCAGGAGCAAGUGUGGCUCAACGAAGAGGAAUCAGAACCCCACCCCUGCCCCCAACCACUCUACUGUGUCUCACGAAGGGCCCGACUCCUGAUCUGUGCCUCUGGGAGCUGGGAGAGCCUGCCUAGGA